AUGCAUUCUCUUUCAAAAAUUUUCAUCGCGGGGGCACUUGCCUCGACAGCGUUGGCAUUCCCUACAGUACACCAGCGAGACUCACAAUACAAACUCACUGUAUACUGGGGUGCGGAAGACGACUCCACCACACUUUCUGACGUUUGCUCCGACGACUCUUACCAAAUCGUCAAUCUCGCGUUCGUCAGCUACUUCAACGGUGAUGGUGGCUAUCCCACCUUGAGUCUAAGCACACUAGAUGGCCCCUCGCAAGCUCAACAGGAUGCUGGUGCAACCUCUUUGCAAGAUGGUUCGUCCCUCGUUGAUGCUAUCCAGGCAUGCCAGUCUUCUGGAAAGCUGGUUCUUAUGAGCCUUGGUGGUGGUGCUGGUGACUCUAAUGUCAUCCUGUCCGGUGACGAUCAGGCAAAGGAUGUUGCUGAUAUGUUGUGGAAUUUGUUUGGUGGUGGUACUGAUGAAAAUAUCACUCCGCUAAGGCCGUUUGGAGAUGUGAAACUUGACGGAUUUGAUAUCGAUAACGAGUCUGGAGAUCCUACUGGAUACAGCGCAUUGGUCUCACGACUACGUUCCAACUUUGCUCAAGAUACGAGUAAAAAGUAUUACCUUACAGCAGCUCCUCAGUGCCCGUAUCCAGAUCAAUCUGUACCUCUCGACGUCUGCAAAGAACUCGAUUAUGUUUGGGUACAGUUCUACAACAAUGGUGAUUGCGAUGUCGCAAAAUCUGACUUCAUCAACUCUGUCAAGACGUGGAGUAAGGGAAUCGGUAAUGCUAAACUGUUCAUCGGCGCUGUUGCCAGUGAUGCCGAUGGUGAUGAGGGAUAUGUCGAUUCUGAAACUAUGGCUUCGUCCUUGAAGAAAGUUGAGAAACUGGGAUUGUCGAACUUUGGUGGCGCUAUGUUGUGGGAGGCACAGCUGGCUGUGAAGAAUGAUAACUACCAGUGGGAUGUUGCGGCUGCGUUCAAAUUAUCGCGUGAAUACGGGGUGUCUCGCAAAAAACUAUCCCGUCGGUGGAACGGCCUACCCUCUCGCUCAACACGCUCACCCACGAACCGCCUAUUAUCUUUAGAUCAAGAAAAAGCGCUUAUUCUAUGGAUUGAGUAUCUAGAUAAUAUAGGGGCACCCCCUACAAACGAGCAAAUUGAGGAAAGUGCAAAUUAUUUGCUCGCUAAAGAUUUCACUGAUCCGGGAGAGCCUCCCCGCGCCGGAAAGAUAAUAGUUCAGAAACCUCAAGAGAGGGAUUGGACUACUGCAGAGCAUUACGGCGAGAUUGAGCGCUGGUUUAUUGACCUUAAAAUCGCCAUACAAGAGCUCAAAAUUGUCCCUCAAAAAUUUUGGAACUUUGACGAGACUGGAUUCAUUGUUGGAAAAGGAAAAGACGAAGCUGUAGUUGCACGUCUGGGUGGCUUUGAUUUCAAUAAAAAUGACUUCUUUGAAGAGCUAUGUAAUAUCCAGAUUAAGAUAUUUACAACACGAACUAUCCGCCAUGGCUGGAAGGAGCGAGGGAUUUGGCCAUAUGAUCCUAAGCUUAUACUCGAUAAGAUGCCUCAGCCAGAUGAAGCAUUUGAAAAAUUAGCUGCUGAUGGGGAUACAUUAAAAAUUUACGGCGAGCCGGAUGACACUAUUCCCAGCUCACCAACUACAAAAUCAAUCUCUCCGCCUUCAAGCGUUGCAAAACUACGUCGCUAUAUCAAUAAGAUUGAGAAAUCAGUUGACGGUAUAAAGGAUAUCCUUGACAGCGCAAUCCCAGGCCUCUCACAUCGUAUAAAAGCGAUUAACCAAGGCAGCCUCACUUUAGCCGAAUUAGGCAGACUAUACCGUGAGAGCUUUAUAAAGGUUCGGGAUACAGAAAAACGUAAGCAGCAAAAAACUACAAAACGACAAGUCAAGGCGAUGGGUGCGCUUUAUGUAAAAGAUACGAAUCGUCUCAUAAAACGCCGUCAUGAGGGUGAUUUGUUGAGGAUUCAUAAGAGCCAUAUCCUCGGCGUGGAAGAACUGGAGCAACAGGAGGCUCCAACAGAGCCUGGGCCGACUCCCAACCGCAGGGUGGAGGGAGGCGACGCGACGGGUAGAACCUUGAAAUACUCCCAUGCUACUUCCUAUAUGGACUUCAAGUAA